GUGGUGCGACGUUCAGCGGCAAGCCAGGCGGAAAGUAGGUCAGGUAUAGGGGUUGCUGGUGCCGGCCGUCGUUUGCUUUGGCUACCGCCGGCGAGCCGCUGCGAGUGGAGGCCACGGGCGAGACCCCCUCCUCUUUCUUCUAAGCACGAGGCACCUUGAAAGUGUUGACGAGCAAGACUGGAGGAAAUGAAAGGACAGUUAAGGUAACUGGGUUGCUUUGCCGUUGGCAACGGUAGAACAGCACAUCUUUGCAAAGUGAUUCUAGGAUUAAAGAGAUCAAGCUUACAGGCAAUCCAAUGGCUGACCAAAGGAUGGACAUUACCUCUACGAUCAGUGAUUUUAUGUCACCUGGUCCCACUGAUUUGAUCUCUAGUUCUCUUAACUCUUCAGGAAUGGAUUGUAAUAGAAAAAGGAAAGGAAGUUCUACUGAUUACCAGCUCGAUGGGUUUUCUUUUGACGAAGGCAUGGAUACAGAUAAGGAUGAUCAACACGGAAGGUUGGAAUAUACAGACCAACAGGGCAGAAUAAAAAAUGCAAGAGAGGCUCACAGUCAGAUUGAAAAACGGCGACGUGAUAAGAUGAACAGCUUUAUUGAUGAAUUGGCUUCCUUAGUGCCAACAUGCAACGCUAUGUCCAGAAAGCUAGAUAAACUUACUGUUCUGAGAAUGGCGGUUCAGCACAUGAAGACUUUACGAGGUGCUACAAAUCCAUACACUGAGGCAAACUACAAACCUACUUUUCUUUCAGAUGAUGAAUUGAAGCAUUUAAUUCUUAGGGCAGCAGAUGGCUUUCUCUUCGUUGUGGGUUGUGACAGAGGGAAGAUCCUCUUUGUUUCAGAAUCGGUCUUCAAAAUCCUCAAUUAUAGUCAGAAUGAUCUGAUUGGCCAAAGCCUGUUUGAUUACCUACAUCCUAAAGAUAUUGCCAAAGUUAAGGAGCAACUCUCUUCUUCAGAUACUGCCCCACGGGAAAGGCUCAUAGAUGCAAAAACUGGACUUCCAGUCAAAACGGAUAUUACACCUGGACCAUCACGGCUCUGUUCUGGAGCAAGACGAUCAUUCUUUUGUAGGAUGAAAUGCAACAGACCCUCAGUGAAAGUAGAAGACAAAGACUUUCCUUCUACCUGCUCUAAAAAGAAAGCAGAUCGCAAAAGCUUUUGUACUAUCCACAGCACAGGAUAUUUAAAAAGCUGGCCACCAACAAAGAUGGGACUAGAUGAAGACAACGAGCCUGAUAAUGAAGGCUGUAACUUAAGUUGUCUUGUUGCAAUUGGACGUUUGCAUCCUCACGUAGUUCCUCAACCAUUAAAUGGAGAAAUCAGGGUUAAACCAACAGAAUAUGUUUCUCGACAUGCAAUUGAUGGCAAAUUUGUAUUUGUAGAUCAGAGGGCAACUGCAAUUUUGGCAUAUUUACCACAGGAGCUUCUAGGCACAUCGUGUUACGAAUAUUUUCAUCAAGAUGAUAUAGGACAUCUUGCAGAAUGUCAUCGACAAGUUUUACAGUCAAGAGAGAAAAUUAGUACUAAUUGUUACAAGUUUAAAGUCAAAGAUGGAUCUUUUAUUACACUGAGGAGUUGUUGGUUCAGUUUCAUGAACCCUUGGACCAAAGAAGUAGAAUAUAUUGUCUCAACGAACACAGUGGUUUCUGCUAAUAUGCUUGAUGGUGAAGAUACGUCUUUUCCACAACUAGCAGCUUCACCUCACAGCAUGGAUAGCGUACUCCAAGCAGGGGAAGGUGGUCCAAAAAGGGCCCUUCCCACAGUUCCUGGUAUUCCAGGUGGAACAAGAGCUGGUGCUGGUAAAAUUGGAAGAAUGAUUGCUGAAGAAAUAAUGGAGAUCCAUAGGAUACGUGGAUCUUCCCCUUCAAGUUGUGGCUCUAGCCCAUUGAACAUGACCAGCACACCUCCCCCUGACACGUCAUCGCCAGGAGGAAAAAAGAUUUUGAAUGGUGGAACACAAGACAUUCCUCCUGCCAGUAUAUUGCCUGGCCAGAUACAAGACAAUCCGGUCUAUCCAUAUUCUGACAACAACGCCAUUCUUGGGGAAAACUCACAUAUAGGCAUUGAUAUGAUAGACAAUGACCAAGGAUCCAGCAGCCCCAGCAAUGAUGAGGCAGCGAUGGCAGUUAUCAUGAGCCUUUUGGAAGCAGACGCCGGGCUUGGUGGCCCAGUUGAUUUUAGUGACUUACCAUGGCCCUUAUAGAUGCUGCCCAUAAGCUUUGACAACGGAAUAUAUCAAAGUGCAUUAUAGGUGGAGUUCUCCAAUCUGUGAAGCUUGCUGAAUUGUUUUGGUGUUUUAAGUUGAUAAGCCAUAUCAGAGAACAGUCAUACUUCUCCCGUGUGUACUUUCUGACCAAGUGGAGAUGAAUUUGCAAUGGUGUUCCUAUCAUUUUUGUUAGCUGUGUAUAGCUUGCAUUAGUUGUAUAUUUUGGGUAUUGUUUUUUUUUUGUGUUGACUUUUUUAAAAAAAAAAUCACUGUGCAAAUUAAGCACUAGCAUCACUGGUAGCUUUUAUAUGCAAAUGUCAUUUCAGCUAUAUGGUGUUUUUACACUACAGAGAAAGUCCCUAUGUGGAUAAGGAAUAUUUCUUAUACUAAUAUAUCAAAGCUGUUUCUUGUAAGAUCCUUUACUAUAAAUAUUGUUGAAGUGUAAUGUAUUAGACAGUUAAAUAUUUUUAAAAUAAAAUGUUUUCUUUGUUCUAAAUUGGAGUUACUUUGUAAAGUAGGUUUCUAGAUGAAAUUCAUAGUAUUAAAAAUAGCAAGCUUUGGCUGUUUUUUGCAACUUGGUUGACUUACCUAACAAGCCAAAUCCAGGAUGAAUAUAGUUUACUAUUUGCAAUGUAAUCUAUGGGAGUGGUGUGGUGGCCUAGAGGUGGAGUUCUCGCCUCACAGUCAGGCUGUGAGUUUGAUCCUUGGUAGAGGCAGAUAUUUUUCUCUUUCGGCACAAUGAGAAUAUACCUGCUGAUCAAAGUUCCGCAUUGGUGACCUGAAGGACAUCUGGCCAUUUAAUACUCUGCCAGCUCUAUUCAGUUGCUCAGACUCCACCCCACAAGGGAUUAUGGGGUGGGUAAAAGAUUAUGAUGAUUUGCAAUGUAACCUAUCAACUGGAAUUUGAGUGGGUAUAUUGUAUGCGAUCCAUAGAUUUGUAACACCAUAGAAAUACUUGAAUUGGGUAAACUUUUUUUUUAAAGGAAAAUUUUCUUCCUUCCUUCCCUUCUCCAACCCAAUAUAUGCAAGAGCUUGGACCUUGUCUUGCUUGCUUUGCUCCUCUUUCUUUCUACAUCUGGCAAAAUAAGAGUAUAAGUCACAGAACAAUGAUGCUUAAGUGCGGUGCUAUUUGGAAAAUGUAGAUUGCUCCAGGAACCAAUUAAGUCUCAUCCUAGAAGAUAAACUGUCCUACUAAAAACCAACAGAAUACCUGAGGCAUACAUCAAACACGAUUGUUUUGGGGGUAGGACCAU